AUGGAUUUCGACAGUCCCGAGGAAAAGGAGUUUCCCGGGCUGUACGCCUCCGAGGCGGCGGACGCUAAGUCGAGGAAGAGCAAGGAGGAGAGCGACUUUAGUGAGGAUCAUGACCACAGCAAGAAGGACUUGUUGAUCGGCCGGCGCAAGGACAAGAAGGAAAAGGGCAAGGAUCGAGGAUACGCCGCGCUAGAGGGCGAGAGCUCGCCGGAGGAAGAGCUGGACACCAAAAGUCCAUCCAAGUCGAAAAAGUCAAAGACCUUCAAGUUCACCAGCUCCAAGAGCAAGGAGAAGCGGGAAAAGUCACGGGACAAGUCCGAAAAAGACUCGAAGCACACGGAGGAAGAGCCUUCCGUCUCCCACAAGGUCAAGGAGAAAGAGCGGGAUAAGGACAAGGACCGUGAUGAGCCCAAGAAGAAGGACAAGGAGGAGAAGCGCAAGGAAAAGGACAAGAAGGCUGACAAGAAGGACAAAAAGGAUAAGAAGAGCAAGCAGCUGUCGCAACAGCAGGACGACGCCUCCGCCGCCGAGGAAGUGCUGGCACUUGGAUAUCCCGUCUUCGGGGUGUCCGUGAGCUUGGCCACCGAACGAUCCCGCUGCCACGACGGCGUGGACAUUCCCCUGGUUGUGCGCGACUGCAUCGACUUCCUGCAGGAUCACCUGAAGUGUGAGCAGAUCUACAAGAUUGAGCCCAUCAAGACGCGUCUGAUGCACUUUAAGCGGUUGUACAACAACCGGGAGCACGAUUCCGCCGUUGAUGAGCUCAACCUGCCUACCGCCUGCAGUCUGCUGAAGCUCUUCCUGCGCGAACUGCCGGAGCCACUGCUGACCACCGAUCUGGUGGCCCGCUUUGAGGAGGUAGCCUCUCAUCCGAAGGUAACCACGCAGCAGGCAGAGCUGCAGCAGCUGCUUGAACAGUUGCCUAAGUGCAACCGCACCCUCUUGGCGUGGGUCCUGCUCCACUUCGACGCGGUGAUCCAGCAGGAAAGACACAAUAAGCUCAACGCUCAGUCCCUGGCUAUGCUGCUCAGUCCGACGCUCCAGAUGUCUCACCGACUAAUGGUGGCCCUACUCUGCCACUGCAACAACUUGUUCGCGGACGUCCAGCUGAUAAAGUAUGUGCCCCCGUUAACAUCGGCCAGCCCAAAGCUUCCGGAUACGCCGGAGGACAUCCAGACGGAGUUGCGCAAGCAAGACAGCCUCCUGUCCCAGAUCCACAGCGAAAUGAACGCCGGGUUCAUUACCAAGAAACGAGAGGAACAGCUGUGGGAAGUGCAGCGCAUCAUUACCCAGCUGAAGCGGAAACUACGCACUUUUGAGAAGAAACAGGAAAAGACUGCGGAGGAAGUAGACAACAGCAGUAGUGCUCCGCCCGCGGUAGCCAGUGAAGAUACCACUGAUUCCAAACCAGCAGUCACUCCGGCCGUAUCUACGAACAACAGUAUUUCCCAGGAAGAGCCAAAAACCGAUACACUAACUCCGAAAGAUGCUCCCAACGAUUUUACUAUUGAUCCCAGCACUGGCUUUAUUUUGCUCCCCAAGUCAAAUCCGCACCGCGAAAAUUUGCUGCGGCUGCAAAUUGAAUAUGACGAGCUGAUGGAAUGGCAGAACGAACUAAAAGCACGUAUCGUCGCCGAGCGCAACGAAGUCUAUAGGCUCAAGCAGCUGUACGAGCAGCAGUCAAUAAACAGUCAAAUGGCCUCCUUGGCCUCGGGAUCUCAGGCUCCCCCAGAAUCCGACUAUGAGCGGAUAAUCGAGCACUAUACACGGGAGAAUGCGCUGCUGGAGCACAAGAAGAAUAUGCUGGGCAUGGAACUAAAGGAGGAACGACGGGCCUGUAUUGCUCUUCAAGUGGAGCUGCGACUCCAGCAGUUUUAAUGUAUUAAUUCGAUUAAUGUAUUACUUGGCUGGGUCAAUUUGAGGGAUAUAACUAAGUUCCUAUUCCGGAAACUAAAUGCUCACAUUUCCAAAGAAACAGGAAAGGUCUACUAAAGUUUUUUGAUAAAUCAUUUAUCUUCAAAAGCAGUUACGGUUUUAAACGGUGUCUUUUGUGAAUUGGAAUAUAUGAGAAGUUUAAGUUCAUCUAAAAUACUGCUGAUUUGUAAAACGGAUUCCUGACGCCUAAAGUCAGUUCAUUGUUUAUUUGGAAAUGACGAGCUGGUUUCAGAUUUGACCCACCGAAAUAUAUGUAUGUAUAUAGGGUUACCAAUUUUAAAUCUCAAUGUCUACUUGCGAUCAAAUGCUUUGUUCAAACUAUAAUUACUGUUAAACGGCGCAAAGCCCCAAAGAAAUCUUGUUAGACAACUUUAUUGCUUUCAAAAAUUAAAUGAGAAAACAAACUCAAAAA